AUGGAAGUUUUGGAAGACAAAGAUGAGUUGGACGGUAAUGCCAAGAGAGUAAAGACUAGAAGUUGGAUGAGAAGAAGAGGAGAAAAGGGAUGUUUUGAUAAUAUUUUUGCAGAAUUGAGUGCCGAGGACACUUCCAGCUUUAGAGAAAUGAUUCGAAUGUCGAAAGAAGAUUACAAUUAUAUUCUGAUAAAAAUAGAAAAAUAUAUAACCCCGAAUCAAAUAAUUGGUGGACACGAAAUAAUCAAUGCCAAGGCCAGGUUAGCAUUAACGUUACGAUUUCUUGCCACUGGCGAAACCUAUAGAUCACUUUGUUUCCAAUUCAGGAUAUCCAGAGCAGCCAUAUCAUACAUAAUUGUACAAGUUUGCAAGGCAAUUAGAAUUCAUUUAGCUGAAUAUAUGACUGUCCCAAACACGACGAAAGAAUGGUCAGUAAUUUCAGCAAAAUGUGGAGAAAGAUGGAAUUACCCUAACUGCAUUGGGGCUGUUGAUGGAAAACAUAUUGUUAUGCAGCCACCUGCAAAUGCUGGGUCAAAGUUUUAUAAUUAUACACACACUCAUUCAAUUGUUCUUAUGGCUGUUGCUGGGCCUGACUAUGAGUGUAUUUAUGCAGAUAUUGGAACAAAUGGUAGAGUCAGUGAUGGAGGAGUCUGGAAUAAAUGCACAUUAUCCAAAAAAAUAGAAACUGGGGAGCUCUCAUUACCUGCCCCCAGCUGCCUUCCAUUGAGUGAAAAGGUGGUUCCAUUUGUCUUUGUUGGGGAUGGUGCAUUUGCUUUAAAACCUAACAUGAUGAAGCCAUAUCCACAAACAGGACUCACAGAGGAUAAACGGAUUUAUAACUAUCGACACAGCAGAGCAAGGCAUAUAUCUGAGAAUUUAUUUGGUAUAUUAGCCAAUCGCUGGCGUGUUUUCAGAUCAGUGAUACUGUUGCCUCCAGAAACUAUAGAGCAUCUUGUGCUGGCAACACUGACACUGCAUAACUUUUUAAGAAAAAGUAGCUCAAGAAAUGUGUACUGUCCUCCUGGCCUGGCUGACAUGGUUGAUAAAACUGGUAAUCUAACAAGUGGUAGAUGGCAUGCAAACCCCCCAACAGAGUCUAUGUUUAAAUUACAGGCUCCUUCUUCUGGUCACAAUGCUUCUAGUAAUGCAAAGGCAAUAAGAGAAACUUUAAAAGACUAUUUUUGUUAUGAGGGUGCCAUAAGUUGGCAAUGGAGUAAAUUAUAG